UCCCUUUUUCCCAUGCACCGUAAGAAUAAAAAUCUUCCAACUGGCACAAUUUUCAGGAAAAAAUGAACAAAUUUCUGAUUCUUUCUGUUGCGCUCUUCGCAAUUUCCUAUGCAUUCAUAAUUGGAGACAAGUUUGAUGUUCCGGCGGGAUGCUAUGAAUCUGACUGUUUCCUAAAGGCAAGAGGUUCCCGAUGCAAUUCUGAUACGCAAUGUGUAUACGCGAAUUGGACCCGAGCAUGUCACAACAAACACAAGAAACAGGAGAUUUGCUGUCCGAAAUUGAGCGAUGGAUCGUGUGGUCCAACUAAAUUUGGAUGAUAAUUCGAUUUUUGAUCAAUUAAUAAAGUUUUAUUCAAUGCA